UUGUUUUACCGGAAAUUGCAAGGGUCAUGCGCACUAGUAACCUCCUCUGCCGGACGACGGAUAUUUAUUUAGGUAUACAGCCGAACAACAAACAUGUACUGUACAAAGUUGAUGACACCGGCCAGUAGAUGCAUGGUUGCAGGUCGCGUUUUAGCCAGACCUUUAAGCAGCGCAGCCGUUUCACAAAACCAGGAGGUAGCACCAAGGAGUAGUCUAUCUGCUUAUAGUGGUUUGUCUGGUCAAAGUAUUGUUCCAGUUAACUCAAAUUUUUCACCAAUCAUAAAUCAGAUUAGAAAUUUCCAGACUAGUGCAUCGAGAAAAGAUAUUGAUCAGGCUGCCAAAUAUAUUGGUGCUGGAGCUGCCACAGUAGGAGCAGCAGGAUCAGGGGCUGGAAUUGGAAAUGUAUUUGGAGCUUUGGUAGUAGGAUAUGCAAGAAACCCAUCACUCAAACAAGCAUUGUUUUCCUAUGCUAUUUUAGGAUUUGCUUUGUCUGAAGCUAUGGGACUUUUCUGUAUUAUGGUAGCCUUCAUGAUCUUGUUUGCUCUUUAAUGUAGACUUUGGCAUAAGAGUGUUUGUUGAUAUAAAAAAAAUAGAUUGAAAAAAUAUUGUUGAGUGCUAUCAGUGAUCUUUUGAUCCAAACAUCAUGUACAAAUGUACAAGGAGACCAAUUGCCACUCAGUGGAACAAGUUUUGUAAAUUAUUAAAUCUUUAAACUUA